UGUUACUACAUGAUUACGAAUGUAUCGCAGAGCGAUAGUAGCUACUGUAUCGCAAAGAUGAUAUUUGAUGUAGCUAAGAUAUCAAAUAAGAGGUCAAAUAUUUGACGGCCGAUAGCCUCCUCCUCUCGGUGAAUAAACAUCAUGUCUAAAAUAAAAGGUUCUUUUAGGUACGAAAUUAGGAAUGAAUAAGAUUCUUAAUUAACUGAAGGAACUGGAGGUAGCGUAAUGGGGAAAUCAGCAACCAUGCCUAGUAUACGGAUAAUGAAACCACGCAAAGAAGAAAUUUCGUAUUCAGCUUACUUGUAGAAGGUAAAGGAAGUCCCGCGUGUAUCGGCUUACCCAUUGUCCCGGUUUCAUGUUUUUGCGACGAGUAAUAAAGAAGAAAUUGCCUUCGUAGCUGAUCGAUAAAGAAGAUUGUUAGAAAAAUGACGUAUUCACGUCCCUCUUUACUUCUCGCUCACGAGGAAACAAAUGUGUUUUCGAUUAAAAGACAAUCAAACAUUUAACUCUUCAAUGCAAUGGCACGUGUUCCGCGCAUCGAGGGUACGAAAUGUACGCUGAAAAUUAGCUCCGUGGUACAACCUACACGAAAACCCCAUGAUGGACCGUUACUAUCUACCAACGGAAGUGGUGAUCCAUAACUCCCCGAAAGACUGUUGGGUUUCCUAUCUCGGGGGUGUUUACGACUUGACGGAUCUCUGCGGCCUGUAUCAAGGCAGUGAUCAGAUCAAACCGAUCCUCGCCCACGCCGGCAAAGAUAUAAGCCACUGGUUUGAUCACCGCGUAAACGACAUCCGGCACUACGUUCAUCCGGUGACAGGAGUCGCCGUACCUUACUGUCCGCAUGGACCAAUUCCUGACGUCAAUCCUGCGGCACCAACUGCGUCUUGGCGACCUUUGGAUCGCUGUCCUUGGUGGCUAGAAGAAAGAUAUAAGAUUGGGAACCUUACUAGAAAUCCGAGACCUUGCAAGGUCCUGAACGUCCUCGUCGGUACCCAGGCAGUGAUAUCGGUUUGCGAGGAGGAUAACAUCGAACGAAUCCAGGAACGAUUUUUGGGUUUCAACAACCAUGGCGUCUCGUACACUUGGAAAUUCGAAGGAAAAGACAUUGAUUCUCGCUGCACCUUGACCGAAAAUGGGAUCCUUGAUGAGAGAGAUCGAUUCAUUGCCGCUGGACUUCCAGAUGAUUUUUAUAUACCUUGCUUGCUUUGCUACUACAAUGACGAUCUAACUGAGGCUUGA